AUGUCCCAGCCAGAGCCAGGGAUUGCUGAGUUUUGGUCCUUUUCAGACACUGGCUUCCUCUGGGAUCUCAGUUUUCCGGUCACACUGAGGGGACACGUCUGGGAGCAGGAAGAUUUGGCAAAUGGCUACUCCAUGACCCCUCCAACCUUGAACAUCACAGAGGAGUCAUAUGUCAUUGACACCGGGGACAGCCUAUCGAUAUCCUGCAGGGGGCAGCACCCCCUUGAGUGGACCUGGCCAGGGGCCCAAGAGGUACUGACCACAGGUGGGAAGGACGGUGAGGAGACACAGGCUGUGCAAGACUGUGAAGGCACAGAAGCUAAGCCCUACUGCAAGGUGCUGCUGCUGGCCCAGACUCACGCCAACAACACGGGCAGCUACCACUGCUACUACAAGUACAUCAAGGCCAGAAUUGAGGGCACCACAGCUGCCAGCACCUAUGUGUUUGUAAGAGACUUUGAACAGCCCUUCAUCAACAAACCGGAUACGCUCCUGGUCAACAGGAAGGACUCAAUGUGGGUGCCCUGCUUGGUGUCCGUCCCCGGCCUCAACAUCACACUGCGAUCGCAAAGUUCAGUGCUGCACCCUGAUGGGCAGGAGGUGCUAUGGGAUGAACGCCGGGGCAUGCGGGUACCCACAACACUGCUGCGUGAUGCCCUGUACCUGCAAUGCGAGACCACCUGGGGUGACCAGGACUUCCUUUCCAAUCCCUUCCUCGUGCACAUCACAGGCAAUGAGCUCUAUGACAUCCAGCUGUUCCCCAAGAAGUCACUGGAGCUGUUGGUUGGAGAGAAGCUGGUUUUGAACUGCACGGUGUGGGCUGAGUUCAACUCAGGUGUCACCUUCGACUGGGAUUAUCCAGGGAAGCAGGGUGACGAGUUGGUGAAGCUGCCUGUGAAGCUGGCAGCAUAUCCCCCACCAGAGUUCCAAUGGUUCAAGGACAGAAAGGCGGUGACUGGACGCCACAAUCCACAUGCUCUGGUGCUCAAAGAAGUGACUGAGGCCAGUGCUGGCAUCUACACUCUCGCCCUGUGGAACUCUGCAGCUGGUCUGAGACAAAACAUCAGCCUGGAGCUGGUGGUGAAUGUGCCUCCCCACAUCCAUGAAAAGGAAGCCUCCUCACCCAGUAUCUACUCCCGCCACAGCCGCCAGACUCUCACCUGCACCGCCUAUGGGGUACCCCAACCUCUCAGUGUCCAGUGGCACUGGAGGCCCUGGACACCGUGCAAGACAUUCGCCCAGCGCAGCCUCCGGAGGCGGCAGCAGCGGGGUGGCCUGCCACAGUGCAGAGACUGGAGGGAGGUGACGACUCAAGAUGCUGUGAACCCCAUUGAGAGCCUGGACACCUGGACCGAGUUUGUGGAGGGGAAAAACAAGACGGUGAGCAAGCUGGUCAUCCAGGAUGCCAACGUGUCAGCCAUGUACAAGUGUGUUGUCUUCAACAAAGUGGGCCAGGACGAGCGUCUCAUCUACUUCUACGUGACCACCAUCCCGGACGGCUUCAGUAUCGAAUGAGAGCCUUCCGAGGAUCCUUUAGAAGGCCAGUCCGUGCGCCUCAGCUGCCGGGCGGACAACUACACUUACGAGCAUCUGCGCUGGUACCGGCUCCACCUUUCCACGCUACACGAUGCUCAAGGGAACCCCCUAUUGCUCGACUGCAAGAACGUGCACCUGUAUGCCACGCCCCUAGAGGCCAACUUAGAGGAGGCGGAACCUGGGGCCCGCCACACCACCCUCAGCUUGAAUAUCCCCCGAGUGGCGCCUGAGCACGAGGGUGACUACGUGUGUGAGGUGCAGGAUAGGCGCAGCCAGGACAAGCACUGCCACAAGAAGUACCUGUCCGUACAGGCCCUGGAAGCUCCUCGGCUCAUGCAGAACUUGACCGACCUCCUGGUGAACGUGAGCGACUCUCUGGAAAUGCGAUGCCCGGUGGCCGGAGCGCAUGUGCCCAGUAUUGUGUGGUACAAAGAUGAAAGAAUCCUGGAGAAAGAGUCUGGAAUCGACCUGGCAGACUCCAAUCAGAGGUUGAGCAUCCAGCGCGUGCGUGAGGAGGAUGCGGGUCGUUAUCUGUGCAGUGUGUGCAAUGCUAAGGGCUGCGUGAAUUCCUCUGCCAGUGUGGCAGUGGAAGGCUCCGAAGAUAAAGGCAGCAUGGAGAUGUGUAUACUCAUUGGCACUGGCGUCAUCGCUGUCUUCUUCUGGGUCCUUCCCCUCCUCAUCUUCUGUAACAUGAAAAGGCCUGCCCACGCAGACAUCAAGACGGGCUACCUGUCCAUCAUCAUGGACCCCGGGGAGGUGCCUUUGGAGGAGCAGUGUGAAUACCUGUCCUAUGACGCCAGCCAGUGGGAGUUCCCCAGGGAAAGGUUACACCUCGGGAGAGUGCUAGGCCACGGGGCUUUCGGGAAGGUCGUGGAAGCCUCAGCUUUUGGCAUCAAUAAAGGCAGCAGCUGUGACACCGUGGCCGUGAAGAUGCUGAAAGAGGGCGCUACUGCCAGCGAGCACCGUGCUCUGAUGUCAGAGCUCAAGAUCCUGAUUCACAUCGGUAACCACCUCAAUGUGGUCAACCUCCUGGGGGCGUGCACCAAGCCCAAUGGCCCCCUCUCCCUAAUCGUGGAAUUUUGCAAGUACGGCAACCUCUCCAACUUCUUGCGUGCCAAACGGGAGGCGUUCAGCCCCUAUGCGGAGAAGUCUCCCGAGCAACGCAGGCGCUUCCGCGCGAUGGUAGAAGGCGCCAAGGCUGACCGGAGGAGACCUGGAAGCAGCGACAGGGCCCUGUUCACUCGGCUCCUGAUGGGCAAGGGAGGCGCACGGAGGGCUCCCCUUGUCCAAGAAGCUGAAGACCUAUGGCUGAGCCCACUGACCAUGGAAGACCUUGUCUGCUACAGUUUCCAGGUGGCCCGGGGAAUGGAAUUCCUGGCUUCCCGAAAGUGCAUUCACAGAGACCUGGCUGCUCGGAACAUCUUACUGUCAGAAAGUGACAUAGUGAAGAUCUGUGACUUUGGUCUUGCCCGGGACAUCUACAAAGACCCUGACUAUGUCCGAAAGGGCAGUGCUCGACUGCCUCUGAAAUGGAUGGCCCCUGAGAGCAUCUUUGAUAAGGUGUACACCACGCAGAGUGAUGUGUGGUCCUUUGGAGUGCUGCUGUGGGAGAUUUUCUCCCUGGGGGCCUCUCCAUACCCUGGGGUGCAGAUCAACGAAGAGUUCUGCCAGCGGCUGAAGGAUGGUACUCGAAUGAGGGCCCCAGAGCUGGCCAGUCCUGCCAUACGUCACAUCAUGCAGAGUUGCUGGUCUGGAGACCCUAAAGCAAGGCCUGCCUUCUCUGAGCUAGUGGAGAUCCUGGGAGACCUGCUUCAGGGCGGAGGCUGGCAGGAGGAGGAAGAGCACAUGGCCCUGCACAGCUCUCAGAGCUCAGAGGAGGGUGGCUUCAUGCAGGCGUCCACCACAGCUCUGCACAUCACUGAAGCUGACGCUGACAGUAGUCCACCCAGUGUGCAUUGCCACAGCCUGGCAGCCAGAUAUUACAAUUGUGUGUCCUUUCCCGGAUGCCUGACCAGAGGGACUCAGACUCCAAGUUCCUCCAGGAUGAAAACAUUUGAAGAAUUCCCCAUGACCCCUACAACCUACAAAGCCUCCGUGGAUAACCAGACAGACAGCGGGAUGGUGCUGGCCUCGGAGGAGUUUGAGCAGAUAGCGUGCAGGCAUAGACAAGAAGGCAGCUUCAGCUGUAAGAGUCCUGGCCAGCACAUGGAUAUUCCCAGAGGACACCCUGAUCCCCAGGGGAGGCGUCGGCGGCCCACCCAAGGGGCACAAGGAGGCAAAGUGUUUUACAACAGCGAGUAUGGGGAGGUCUCCCAGCCAUGCAAAGAAGGCGACUGUUCCCCGUCUGCUGGCUCCCCCUUCUUCACAGACAACAGCUACUAA